GUGCCCAAAACGCCGUGUGGGCCCUGCUAAUGGCACGGGUCCCACAGGCAGCAGGGGAGAAAGGGACCUGAUGAGAGGGUGGCUUGUCUCAUCCUCUGGCCUCCAAUCCCCAAGCCCUCUAAAACCCCACCCUGUACCCCCUUCUCUUGAACCCUUUCUUCCUCCUCCCCCAACCAUCUCCAAUUCCCCAUACUCCUCUCUGUCUCUCUCUCUCUCUCUCUCUCAACAAUCUCUCUCUCUCUCUCAUCCUCCAAAGGAUCCAAGAAGUACCAUUGCUGCUCUCCCCAUUCGUCCUCAAUCCCAACACAGCUUCUCAACUCAGCUCAGGGAAUUCCCCUGCUUUUUUUUUUAAUUCUUGUGCUCUUGGCUGCUUCUUCACUCUGCUUCUCCUCCUCUUCUUGCCACAGAGGAGGAGUGCAUGUGCAGCAGCUGCAAAGACAUUUACUUUUUUUUUCACCUCAUCUUCUUCCAAGGUGUUGUUGGUGCCCCUUGGGUUCUUGAAUUUUUUGGGGGAGCUUGAUCGAUUAGGUUCAGCCAUUUCUUGCCCCAGUGUUCUUGGAUUCAUGGUUGUGGAAUUAAUCCAAGAAUAGCUGGAGCUGCUCAUUUUCCCUUCCGACAAGACGAGGACGAAGACGAAGGCGAUCGUUUGAGAGAACGGUAGCCGUUGCUGUUGAGGCGGUGCAAUGUCGUCUUCCUGCAUACCAACCGGCCUGCGGCUGGACCUGGACAUGGUGAAGGCGGCGGCGUCGCCGGGCGCGCACUCGUCGCCGCUGCGGCCGGUGCACUCGUCGCCGUCGUCGACGCUGUCGGAGGCGUCCAACGCCUCGUCGUCGGCGACGUCGGUGUCGCUGAAACGGGCGCGCGCGCCGCGGAAGCGGCCGAACCAGGCGUACAACGAGGCCGCCGCGCUGCUCGCGUCCAUCCACCCCUCCGUCUUCCCCGUCAAGAAGAGCCCCAAGACGGGGCCGCCGCGCCCGCCGUCGCGGCAGCUCUCCGGGCUCGCGGCGGCGUUCGACGCCUCCUCCGACCUCCUCCCGCCGCUCCCCGUCCUCGCGGACUCCGCAUUCCUGCUCCGGGACAUGCCCGCGCCGUCGCCGUCGCCGCAGCCGCAGAGCCCGUCUGGCGCCAAGAACUGCUCGUCGCCGGCCCCCGUGAGCAGCGCGUUCCGGGACUUCCGUGACCCGGCGCCGUCGCCGGCGAGCCCCGACACGGUCGACGUCGACGAGCUUGGCGAGAUCGACUUCGACGACGACGGCUUCGACGCCGAAUCCAUUCUCGACGUCGACGAGGCCGCUGCCGGCGCCGCGGCCGAGGGCCUCGACGGCAUCAUGGGUAGCCUCACCGUCGAGAGCAACAACACCGCCACCACGUCCGAUGACUCCAUCCUGUCCAGCUCCGGCAUACACCCUUACCUCAGGAGCCUCAUGGUGGUCGGCCUCGCCGGCAGGUUCGAGCUCGGACUCGGCUUCCGGCACGGCGCUCGGCCCAACCUCAACCGCGCACUGAAACGGCGGGACGACGACGGCGCCUGGUGGAUGUGGCCUGCAGUGCCGGUAAAGGACUUAACGAUUGCACCACCGACACCGCCAGCACCGCCGGCGUCGAACGCCGCAAUGCCACAGGCCGCCGCCGCGCCAGAGAAGAAGAAAAGCAAGAAGAAGAAGGUGGUGAAGGUGGAGAAGAUCAUGGCGAAGGGAAAGGAGGAGCUUCCCAACGCGAAAUGCAAGGAGGAGGAAGCUGACGCCUCUGUCGAUGCCGCUAAUGGCGACGGUGACGCUGACAGUGCGCCGACGAAGGCGCCAAAGACCGGGUUGGGGCUGAAGCUGGACGCCGACGAGGUGCUCAAGGCGUGGUCCGACAAAGGGUCCAUGUUUGCCGAGGGCAGCGGGCCGGAGUCGCCGACGUCGGCCGCCGAAGUGCGGGCUAAGCUUGCAGACAUCGACCUGUUUCCAGAGAAUGGAGCUGGUGGUGGCAUCAGGGAAGCCAGUGUGCUGCGGUACAAGGAGAAGAGGCGCACCCGGCUCUUCUCCAAGAAGAUCCGGUACCAAGUGCGCAAGGUGAAUGCCGACUGCCGGCCUCGGAUGAAGGCAAGCACUUGAACUGAUUAGAAAGCAUAAAAGAUCUGUUCGUAAGGGAAGGUUUGUUAGGAGCCCAUCUCUUCUUCAGCAAGCCCUGGAGGAAGAGAGCUAGCUAGACAGACAGUGAUCUUUGCUGGCCUUUUCUCUUUUUUUUUUAUCAGAACCUUUUUGGCCUUUUAGUUCAUCAUUAGCUAAGAGAUGCGAGUGAGAAAUUUACCCCGUUUUGUUUUUCUCGGAGUUUUUGCUCUGGAGAGGAGAGGAGAGGAUAGGAUGCCAUAGAUCGGAUUGUCAUGUCAUGGUGGUCAAAUAGUUUGUCUCAGGUUUACAAUGUCAGGUAAAGGAAGGAAAUAAAGUGAUGUUAGAAGAAUAUACAGUCAUAUAGCAAGCAGCUCAGAUGAUGGGUUUUGUUUUUGCUUUGCUUUUA